AUGCAGUCCAAGGGCGGCGCGUGCGUUGCUUUCUUCCCAAAAGCAGAUGCAGCCGUCCUCGCAUCGAGACACGCUGCACCGGCAAUAUCCGAGCGUCCUACCACGACCGCACCAAUACUCGAUCUUGAGCAUGCCGAUAAACCUCUGGAUUCAUGGGCUGCAAGCCAAGUCGCAGCUGUAUAUCCACACAACCACGAUAUCUGGUCUCCAGCGCCCAUACCUGCUAGAGCGCAAUGUCCCACCAGUAUCCAUGCAGACCGCUACCUCUUUCCCGUGUUGACGCGGAACGAGAGAUUGAGACUGACCUUGUUCUUCUAUUACACGCGCGGGGCGCUUGAGGAUGUAGAGCUAAUGUCUCGCCUCCAGGAGAAAGUCUAUCUUGCGCAUGAGACAGUAGGCUGGGAGUUUGUUAUCGCUGGCCUUCUUAACCACGCUACAUACACUCGGAUGGUCACUGUGAACCUUCCCCUAGCGAUAUUACCCCGUCGCGAGAGUACAUGCGCCCACACCAUAAAUCAACCACCAGGCACGGUCUUCGCUAUGCAAAACAUGGCUAUCGACUGGCGCUUUGAAAAGUCGCCCCAUGUCGAACAGGGUGGGUUGCGCGCGUAUGCUGGUGUGCCGUUGAGGUUCGAGACUGAAUUUGGCGAGCACGUCGCUUUUGGCUCGCUAUGUGUCGCUUCCAAUUCUCCGCAGGAACCUCUUUCCAAAACUGUACAGCAGGCACUUGCUAGACUCGCCGACUGGAUAGUUGCGGAUAUAGUACACAGCGCGAGAGCUCGCCGUCAACGCGAGCGCAGACGGAUGCUUGAGCUGCUUUCCCAGGCUCAGCAGCAGUGCGACGACCACGUCAACAUGGAGGAAGCGAUACCCCGGAUGCUCCAAGAUGUCUAUCCUAACACGGAAGUGAGUAUCAAUUUGAUCACAGAUGGCCAAGCUACCCUUAAUGGUGGUACAAGCUUUCGCACUUGUGAAUUGGAACAGGGUCUCUGGGAAGACACUGCUUGUGAGUGGCAAUAUAUGAGUUUCUCUACGACAUACACUGACCUCGUGCCUACUCGUCUCGUAGACUUUGAUUAUGCCAUCGAGAACCUUAAUCACUUGGAUAUGACUGCGCCCCGGGCUGUACGAGUAAUUGCGGCGCAGUGCACCAGUCAACGUGCGGCGAUGUUCCUGGUUGUAGCCAGCAAUGAUCUCAAGAUGGUGUUUGACGACAUCGAUUCAUGGUUCGUACACAUGUGUGCGAAUAUCCUGUGUCGUUAUUGGCAAGGCCGCGCACUACAAGAAGCACUCAGCGCUAAGGAAACCUUCCUCCGCGGUAUUACGCAUCAGCUUCGAACUCCCAUUCACGGCAUCCUUGGUUCAGUCGAGCUUUUGACGGAAGAGCUGAAAUCUCGAAACGUGGUUCCGUCGACAGCCGCCUCAUCACCUACUGCCAGCCCGGAUAUCGAACAGCUCGAUCCUUACACUUAUAUCAAGACCAUCAAGACUUCUGCGAGAGAGCUCAUCUCCACAGUAAACAGCCUUAUCAAGUUGAAUCAAUGGGCAGAUAUUGCCCAGGCGGAGCGCGUUCUCACUGUGCACAAGAUCUCCGAGAUCGAGGACGCUCUGCUCAAGGAAACCCUACUAGGACUCUCUGACGAUCUUUCAACAAGGCCAUCAUUUAUCAUUCAACACCACCUUCCGCCGAGCUGCGACUUGCUCGCUGUCGACAAGCGCGUUUUUCUAGAUUGUAUUCAGCCACUUAUGGUUAAUGCUGCCCAGAAUGCUGCUGGCGGCAUAGUAGCAGUUACACUGUCGGUCACGGAAGGCUGCCAGUCUCUCAUCGUCGAUGUUGAGCACAGUGGGCACAAGACGUCCAAGGGAUAUUACGACCGCGUGUUUGAUGCUCACGAAAAGAUUGACCUCAGUGGCACAGAUACUGCCUUGGGCUUGACAUUGGCGAGCAAAGCAGCGACUCUUUUAGGUGGCGAGAUCACACUGGUGCGCUCGAGCCAAGGUCCGGGCUCACAUAUCAAAGCCACGUUCAAUGAGCCCAUCUGUGCUAGCUCACUACCAUCUUCCCGUGCAGCAAAGGACAGGUUCACCCGACUACCGCCAACGUUCCAUCACCUCGCAUCGGAGUCUUCAACAUCAUCUCUGGGCUACUACUUCACCCAAUAUCUCUCAGGUGCUGGCUGGUCGACGUCCCGGACGCUUCAUGGCAGUUUCGUGAUCGUCGACUAUACACCAAAUCUCGCUGAACUCUAUAGACACACAUCAAGUAUAGGUACAGAACAAGUUGCAAUCUGCCUCGUUCCAGAGUGCGCGUGCUUUCUUGACUUCCAUACCGAACGAGUCCGACGGCAAGGGAACGUGGUCUACGUUCAAGGUCCUUUUCUGUCAGAGACACUUGAACAAGCACUGGAGCACGCAGAUGCAAUCUCGGCUGAAUUCCGAUCGUCCACCCCAGAUGCAGGGGUCAACGCAACCGGCGGCGUCGCCAUUGAGCCUUUCAGCCCACCCUCCACACCCCACACGAACGGGCGUCCGGGACUUCCAGUCGAGCGGGGCUCAAUAUUCCCUGAAAAGUUACAAACUGAAUUGGUACAGUCAGUACGGAGCUUGCGCAUACAAACCAAGCCUACUCCCACUCUGACACAGGCUCCGGUGGCGUCGGACAAACCCUUGACCCUACUUGUCGAUGACAACGCCGUCAACCUCCGUCUACUAGAGAUGUACUGCACUCGACGUAGCAUUCCAUUCCGGAGCGCAAAAGAUGGACAGCAAGCUGUCAACAUCUUCGCAGAAGCCCUUGUACCCAAGUACGAUUCACUUCUACGACAAAAUUUACCCACACAGCCUUUCAAAUUGAUUCUCAUGGAUCUUCAGAUGCCCGUAUGUGACGGCAUCGAUGCAACAAAGCAGAUACGACGGCUGGAAAAACAGCAUAAGCACGAAAGAAGCGUCUUGUUCAUUGUCACUGGUCAAGACUCUUCGAAUGAUCGCAAAGCUGCAGAGGACGCUGGCGCAGAUGAGUUUCUGACCAAGCCAGUUGGACCCAAGGUCCUCGACCAGUGGGUGAAGAAGUGGUACCCCGAUCUCAACAUAUGA